AUGGAUCAUUCCUUUGAUCUUGAUGAAUUUCAGCAUCAAACUAUCAGGCAGCUAGUUCUAGGUGGAGCUAGAGGUUAUUAUUCUUUUGCAUUAUUCUUAGAAACUCGUAAAGAAAAUGAAAUCUUUAGCAUCUACAAGGGCAUAGAUAUUAAUCUAGAAGUAUCAGUGGUUGAUCUGUCAACUGGUGAAGUAGGACCAGCUAAACAAGUGAGAGGUUAUGAUGGUUGGACUGUUGAAAAAUUAAAACAACAUAUAGGAGAAUUAUAUAAUAUUGAUUCAUCACAUAUGAGAUUAGUAGUAAUGGAAGAGGAAUACGAGGGUACUACUUCAAUCCGUGAACUUAGAAAUGGGCACAAUUCUUAUUUAUAUAUGGCACUUAAACUUGAUAGAGUAAUCAAAGAACUAAAAGAAAAGGAUCAAGACUUACUGCAACAUACUGAGGUCAUUUCUUAUAUUAUACUUGAAGAAGCUGAAUAUAAACUAAGAGAUACUAUUAGUAUCAAAGAGAAGGAAACAAUGGAAUUGAAACAAGAACUAUCAAAAAUUAAAGUAUUGACAGAACUUGAGGCAAAAUCUUUGCCUGUUCAAAUUGAAGUUGAGGAAGAACCACUUUAUGAAGAGUUGACUGUAUUGAGGUCUCAGUUUAAUGAGAUACAAAAAGAAAACAAAAAAUUAUCAGACAAAAUAUCAAAAAUGAAGAUUGAGUAUUUAAGAUCACUUACUAGUAAUACUGAUUCAGCUGCCUGCAGAGUGAGUAGAGGAAUGACUUUUGAAAUUGAUGACUGCAAGUUUCAUCUUAAAGCAAUGACAAGAUCAGACUAUCAGCCAUUAGUAGAUAAUAAAAGAAUAAUAGAGGAAUUACAAGAAAGAAUAACAUUAAUGAAUAUGGAACUAAUGACUGUAAGAGAACACAAUGAGAAGAUUAUAAAAGAUAUUAAAGAUCAUUUGAAAGAGACUGAGGAGAAGAGACAGAAAGGAAAGGAAGAUUUGAAAGAGUUUGAGGAAAAGAGACAAAAAGAAAAGAAACAAAAAACUGAAGAAAAACCAUAUGAAAUUGAUUUAUAUUGUAAUCAUCCUGUUACUGGUGAAUUAGUGAGGAAAAUACUUAAAGUACAUAAAGAUGAGCUACUACCCAGUGUACUGGAUAAAGCUUAUGAGUUAAUGGAAUUAGCUCCUCAUAUUCCUAUUGAGAGAUGUCGUUUAGUUCAGUACAAUUAUGUUGAUAAAGUAAUGGAUCAGUCCUUUGAUCUUGAUGAAUUUCAGCAUCAAACUAUCAGGCAGCUAGUUCUAGGUGGAGCUAGAGGUUAUUAUUCUUUUGCAUUAUACUUAGAAACUUGUAAAGAAAAUGAAACCUUCAUGAAGUACAUCUACAAGGGCAUCGAUAUUAAUCUAAAUAUAUCAGUGGUUGAUCUGUCAACUGGUGAAGUAGGACCAACUAAACCAAUGAAAGGUUAUGAUGGUUGGACUGUUGUAGAAUUAAACCAACAUAUAGGAGAAUUGUUUAAUAUUGACUCAUCAUGUAUGAGAUUAGUAGUAAUGAAGGAGGGUACUACUUCAGCCCAUGAGCUUAGAGAUGAACACAGUUCUAAACUUGAUAGAGUAAAAAAAUUAUAUGUAUCAUCAGAUCCUGAAGAUUAUAAAAAAGAAUUCAAAGAUAGUUUGAUGUACAGAUAUGUUGAGUUUCACAUCAACUCAAUAUUGCUGGACAUUACACUGCCUCCUGGACCUGAAGCCACACCCACUACAAGUAACGUAACUGAACGAGGAAUAAUAAUGAAAAUUAUAUCAAUAAAUAAAGAAAGUGAUAAGGAAAAAAGAAGUAAAUAUUUAUUUAAGUAA